UGAUAAAAAGGCAAGACCCUACGAUUUUGGUGCUGUUCCUCGCUCAGUAUAUAUCUUUGCAGUGCGUAUUGUGGUGCAAACUCGCUCGAAGGCGCAAUCAUUGAACAUGACAAUGGUGACUUAUCAAACUUAGCCCUCACAGUACGCGGCACUUUGUUUCUAAGCCCCAGCGGGAUGCGUCCUUGACUGAACUCGAUCUUCUCACCGGCUCGCGCGUAUCACACUGACAGUGACAACUAUUUUCAAAACGAUGGGCCCCAUCUGCGUCUGAAACCGCGCAGAGGCGGAGCUGAUUCUUCUGUGGAGGUCGUACCACACAAGGCAGUGCGGUCAAACGGCAGAGGCUGCGGAUCACCAGUAGUCAGAACCCGACGUCCUCCGCCUAUGAGUAUUUCGUCGAGGACUCCGAGGAGGGUCUGUCCCAAGCCUGUUCAUAUGGGAACAGCUGGAACCCGCAUCUCGCCAGAAUUACUCCCGGAGUCCGAGUCAGUGUGCACGUUCAGCUGCGAUUUAGUCGGUAGCGGGCGCCGUUGUUUGGCGCUCAUCUACCCGAGACCACCAUCCCGGAGGAAGAUACUUGAUAACAUCGGAAUCCAGACAGUGACACCCGCAAAAGCACUUCGUGCUUCCCCCAACAUACUCGACGUCUCUUCUGUCAUGGGUGUCUUCGAAGAGUUGGGGUAUCUUUGGCAGGUGGUUGCCCAGCUGUUCCCCGGGAAACCGCACUUCAAGACGGAGGACAUCCCGGACUUAACAGGCAAAGUUGUGAUUGUUACAGGAGGCAACGUUGGUAUCGGUCGCGAGACUAUCAAGGCAUUGCUUCAGCACAAUGCCAAAGUGUACAUGGCGUCCCGUAACAAGGAUAAAGCCACAGCAGCUAUCCAGGCAUUGAAGGAGGAGACCGGCAAAGAGGCCAUCUUCCUCGAGCUUGACCUGAGUGUCCUCGCGUCUGUGAGGAAGGCCGCGGCAGAGUUUCUUAGCAAGGAGCCCGAGUUGCAUAUACUGUUCAAUAAUGCAGGCGUGAUGUGGUGCCCCAUCGAGUGGGUCACAGCAGACGGGUUCGACAUGCAGUUCGGGACAAACGUCAUAGGUCACUUCCUGUUCACCGAGCUCCUGAUGCCUGCUCUCUUUGCGGGUACAAGUAGCUCGCCUGACCACCACGCGCGCGUCGUUACUACUGCUUCGAGCGGGGCUUACCUGAACACGCUCGACUGGGAUACCUUCAAGGAUACCUCUCAGCGAAAAAAGACCUCUCCUGUGGUACUGUAUAACCAAAGCAAACUGGCGAAUGCCAUAGUGGCACGUCAAGUUGCAAAACAAUACGCGGACAAGGGUAUCAUCUCGAUAUCCCUGAACCCAGGCGGUAUCGACACUGAAUUGCAACGUCAUGCGCCUAAACAGCGCGCAAUCAUGAGAGCAACCAUCCUCCAACCUGUUGCGAUGGGCGCGCUCACGCAGCUGUGGGCAGGCGUCAUGCCUGAGGCCCUCAAUCAUAACGGCGAGUUCUUGAUACCCUGGGCAAGGUUGGGGAAGUGCAGAAAGGAGGCAUAUGAUGACGAGGUCGGCCAGCGGCUGUGGGCCUGGCUCCUUGAGCAAACGAAGGAAAUAUAGUUGGUUUCGUAAUUACCUAUGAAGUGUCUUUCGAAGAUACCCUGAUGCUUCCAGAAGUGCCAUUCAUUCUGGAGCUAUAUCGGAUGCUCCUUCUUUUGCCGCGACCCAGACUUGUCUCUAUCUGUUUAUCUCAUAGUAUACAUCGAUUCUGACGGUCCAAUUUGCGGCCAUCGGUACUAGAA